AUGAGAGAUUUACUACAGGCAAUAAAUUGUGGAUCAGGGAUCGUCGCGGACAACACUAUAUAUCUUUUUCCAGGGAACACCUACGGUGUCCGGAUCAUUCAACGCUUGCAGAUAGAGGACGAUAAAAUCAGAUCUGUUGAUAUUAUUGGAUCCCACGAACGGGCUUACCCUCGACCGAUUGUAUUUUUCACAACAAUCAAUUAUUGUAGCGCAUAG